AUCGGAAACAUGGCGGCGCGCAGCAGCUUGACGGCUCUGUUUCCCUUUCAGAGCCAGUUAGAGUCUUCCCUGGAGGACGUUGUCACACAGGAAGAAAAGGAAAAUUUGGUUUAUCAGUAUUUACGAAAGUUUGACGAAAACGAAGAUUUGAAGAUUCCUGAUUUUGAACAAGGACUGGAGUGGUUAAACACAGAUGGACCUCUGUCUCUACAAAGGGAAUUAUCAGGCAAAGUGGUCGUACUGGACUUCUUCACCUACUGCUGCAUCAACUGCAUCCACAUACUGCCUGACCUGCACCAACUGGAGCAGCUUCACUCUGUUAAAGAUGGCCUGCUUGUGGUGGGUGUUCACUCAGCUAAAUUUCCCAACGAGAAGGUUUUGCAGAACAUUUGCAGUGCCGUGUUGAAGUACGACAUCACUCACCCAGUGGUGAACGACAGUGAUGCCCAGCUGUGGCAUGAGUUGGAAGUGUCCUGCUGGCCCACUCUGGUAAUUUUGGGUCCCAGAGGAAACCUGCUGUUCUCUCUAGUUGGUGAAGGACAUCGAGAACGCCUCUUCCUGUUCACCACCAUUGCUCUCAAGCAUUAUCGACAGCAGGCUUUGCUAAAAGACCAUGAUGUGGGACAAAAGCUCUUCAAGGACUCCUUACCACCUUCCGUCUUGUCAUUCCCAGGAAAAGUGGCGGUGGAUCCAAGGAGUAAGCACCUGGCCAUUGCAGAUACAGGACACCACAGGGUUCUGGUGGUGACUAGUUCUGGACAAGUCCUAUACUCUGUAGGGGGGCCUGAAAGUGGUAAGCAAGAUGGGGAUCUGUCUGCAGCGCGGUUUAAUUCUCCUCAAGGAAUAUUCAUGAGAGGCGAUAUUGUGUAUGUGGCGGAUACUGAGAAUCACCUCAUCAGGAAGAUUGACCUUUCAGAAAGGAGAGUUACAACUUUAGCUGGUGUCGGCUUGCAAGGUUCAGAUAAAGUGGGUGGAGCAAUAGGACUCCAGCAGCCAAUCAGCUCGCCCUGGGACAUAGUUCUUGGCACGGCAGGUGGUACAAAGGAUAACGUGUUGUGGAUUGCAAUGGCAGGGACGCAUCAAAUCUGGGCUCUGUUCCUAGAGGAUGGGAAGCUGCCCAAAGGAAGUGAGCAUAAAAAGGGCGAAUGUGUGCGAUUUGCAGGCAGUGGGAAUGAGGAGAACAGGAAUAACGCAUACCCGCAUAAAGCUGGCCUGGCUCAGCCGUCUGGUCUGACCUGUGCUCCCGAAGAGCCAUGGAACUGCCUGUUCAUCGCCGACAGCGAGAGCAGCACUAUCCGCAGUCUUUCUCUGAGCGACGGAGCCGUCAAACAUGUAGUGGGAGGGGAGAGGGACCCCCUGAAUCUCUUUGCGUUCGGAGAUGUGGAUGGAAAGGGCGUGGAUGCUAAGCUGCAGCACCCUUUAGGAGUGGCAUGGGAUGCCAGAACCAGCCUGCUCUAUGUGGCAGACUCCUAUAAUCACAAGAUCAAAGUUAUAGACCCUAAAACUAAGCAGUGCAAGGUGCUGGCAGGCACUGGGGAAGCAAGCCACAUGGUUGGCGCGAGCUUUGCUGAGACUAGUUUCAAUGAGCCUGGGGGUCUCUGUAUGGCCGAGGGGGACACGCUGCUCUACAUAGCAGACACCAACAACCAUCGGAUUAAAGUGUUGGACUUGCAGACCAAAACUGUUUCCAUGGUUCCUAUUUCAAUGGUAGAAGUUGAUACUUCUGUUAUAGCCACUGCUUCUGCUGCUGCAGUUGUAAAGGUUCCCAAGCUCCCGAAGUCAGCUCAAGUGCUCAGCAUGGCUACGCUGCCUGUGUCUGCAGGGCAGGUCGUCAACAUCCACCUCAGCCUGACUCUGCCUGAUGGAACCAAACUGACCAAGGAUGCCCCCAGCUUCUGGAGUCUUUCUGCUGAAGGUAAUGAAUGGUUACUGCAAGGACAUGCUGUGACAGGAAGCAUUGCCGAUCUCUCCCAGCCUCUCUCCAUCACCUGCGCCAUCCCCCCUCGACCGCAGACCCCUGACCCCACACUGACCCUCAGUGCCUGGGUCUACUGUUGCCUCUCAGAGGGAGGAGCCUGCAUGAUGAAGGCUGUGUCAUUCGUACAACCUCUACACGUUGACUCCACUUGCAAAGAAGGCACCAUACCUGUGAUGUUGGCACACGUCUUCUAAGGCACACUCGCUUCUCCAGACUUUCUAUGGGGGGUGUGGAAAUUCAGUGUGUACUGGCACCACUUGUAGUGAAUUAAUACUGUUACACAUGCUAAUGUUUAAGUGAAAGCUUACAUGUUUACACGCAUAGAGUAUACUGUACUGGUUUAACAACAUGGGUGCUUGUUCACUUGAAACAUAUGACUAGAAUAACCGUUGCAUAUGUUAGAUAAUUAGCAGCUCUGGAACAAAGUGCCUUUUUUUUCUCUCAGAAGCGCAUAUUACCUAACUGUAUCAGUCCAGCUUGGCUCAGAGCCAUGUGUAGCCAGGCACUUAGAUCUGUUUUUCUCCUCAUAUCUGAUGUAGCUUAUCUUUUCAGCAGAAAAAAAAAUGUCUACCAGCAUUAUUUUACAAAAAAUUAUUGCAUGUAUUAAACACAAAGAUCUGAAAAGAUUAACAAUUUGUAUGCCGCAUAUUACUUUGCUCCCAUGUCACAUGUAUAAACCAAUGUCCUGACUACAUAACAGAAUAUACAUGCUGAACAUUGUUAAUAUUUAGAGUGCACUUAGAUAUAAGUAUUUUGAACUCUAUACAUUAAUAAUCAUUUGUUCUUAAACUGGAUUUUAAUCUAUUUAACUUUUCUUUUUCUUACUCUUUUUAAAGCUAGUACAAGAUAAAAGUGCAUUUAAAAAAUGCUAGACAAUAUAAACUGUUGAGUCAAACUGGGAUUUUUGAUUGUACAGAAUAAAUGUACACAGUUAUAAGGGUAAAACCCACUAUUAUUUUUCAAAAUAACCCCCUGCUACAGUUGUGCACUCAUCCCAGCAUUUUACUAGUGAUUUGUCUCAGUAUGUGAGAGCCAUUAUCAGACUUCACACCUGAAGCACUGGCCUCUCAGGAACUCCUUUAGAUGGAUUUAGUACAUUACCAAGUUGAGUAUCUUACACUUUUCUUUUGCUAAGUUGUACUCCCUGCAUCAUCAGCCAAAUACACUCCCUGUUUUAAGUACAUUUAUUUAUUACAUUUGUCACAUAACUGUUCAUAGCAUCACUUGGCUCUGUUGAGUAAUGCGUAUAGCCACGCCCACUUUGAGGUAAAAAGCGAUGGCUGACGUGACGUAACAUAACAGCUUAUAACUUCCCCUAUACUUAACAUUUUGAUUUUAUUUAUAGCGCAGAUUUAACUUUAGGCAAAUAACGAAGGAUGCUAAAGUUUCAUUAAAUUCUGUUAAUUUUUUUUCUCUGACUGGUUUCUGGUUCUCCAAUGUAAUAAAUGUAAAGAUAUAAUUGUGCAAACAAAAUCUUUGUUUUAUUUAUAGAGAUUAAUCCCAAAGAAAUGUUGUAGGUUUUUAUUUAUUUAUUUAUUUAUUUUACAGACCUUCUUUAAAACGCUUUCUCUAUUCAAAUUGUUUUACUGCGGCCAAGAGUCUCAUUUUUUUAAUGGGUUCAUUACACCUUCAUUCUUGAGAAAUACACACUCGGGUACAUACAGAAAUGUGCAAAGUCCCAGUUUGACUUGAAUGUUCCUUGUACAAACCAAAAUAAAUGACGUUGCAUUUCAUGUGUUAGUUCACAGUUUAAUCCAUGUAUUAAGUUUUAAUGAUUCUUAAUCCAGAUUUAAGCUUGGCAUCCUCAUGGUAGUGAGAAAAUCAGAAGCUCAUGUAAUUGGACCUUUUGCUUCUCAUCUCUCAGCUUUAGUGUGCUUUCUCAGUCUUCUCCAAAGGCAGCUGUCUUUCUAUACACCAUCUCAACUCUGCACUUUAUUGGCCUGAAAUACAUGAUUAAAUAAAUGCUAUUUUAACAGUU